CGUAAUCCCCUUUAUAGUUAUUUAUUUACCAACGGAAGGAUAGCAACAUACCAACGGAAUGCUCUUCUGUCUUUCCCACAAGGACCCACAAUGCCAGAGCUUUGCCUCUCGAGCACAACCUACAGUACUAGUACCUAGGCUCUGCCCAGUGCCAACAAUCAUUAAUAUAUAUAUAUAAGAUGCCUCGCAAUGCAAAGACCAACAAGUCAAUGAUCAGCGAUGCGGACAAUAUUUCGAAAUACCGAAAGCGGAGAAACAAUGCAGCGUCCUACGUGUCAGUGUUCUUGUACAUGAUCGGCUCCUUUUCGCUAGGUUUCUUCUGGAACCAGUUGACUUCAGCCGUUUUCCAAGCCGAACAAGAGGUGGUGCAUGAAGUGGCAUUGUCGUCCUUUCUCGACAUUCCGUCACCUCACAAAGCUGCCUCUAACAAUCUAUCGGAAGAAAAUAAUAAUGACAAACGCCAACCCCAGCAAACCGACCACAAGGAUUUCAAAUUCAUCAUUUACCAUGAAACACACGAGGCACAAGGCGAAGGAAACCACAUGCAUGGUCUGUUGGCAGCUCAUUUGCUGGGAGACGAAUUCCACCGAGUCGUUUGUGUGUCGAGCAACUACAAACAUUUUCAUGUCGCCUGGAAGGCUAUUGAUCCCACGGCCGUCGAGCAUUGCCCCGAUAUAGUGCAGCGACACAACAAGGAACCGCCAGAUACCAAAAAGGAUCAUACCAUUGAACUUCUCAACUAUCGAAGCACGCCUCCCAAUGAAUGUACCUUGAGGGGACUACUGGAAUCCUCCGCCAGAGUACUGCAUUUGGCCGCCAACACGUAUCCUCGAUGGCCCACCGUGCCCAAACAUAUCAAUUUCUUUACCUUUUAUCAAGCCAAACCAAUACUCCUGGAAAUACUACCCUACAGUCAACCACCACCCAUUGUCAUACAUCUACGAAAACCAGACAUUGAUGGUGGUGAUCGUCGAAAGGGAGUGGAUGAAGCAUCCAUUCGAGCACUGGGAGAACACCUAUUGUCACAACAACCCACUCCCUUUUUGGUCACCAACAAUGUACCAUGGUAUGACAUGGUGGAACAAGAACCCAUGAAAUGGUCUCAUCCAUUUUGGUACGUCGUCAGUCACUCGGCAUUACGGUUUACGUGGGGGGCCAAUUUCAAUAAGAAUAAUGACGAUCCCAAUGGCAACAACAAUAAUAUUCGAAUCUACAAUCCCACCAAUGCCAAGGCUGUUCUGCUGCAACAAAAGUACAAGCAACUGCGACAACAAAUGGGCGUUGACGAAGUUGAAAUACUCCAACUGUGGGCCGAUUGGUACACGCUACUCAAAGCCAAAUCGGUAUAUCACACAUUUAGUGACUUUUCCUUGUCGGCAGUCCACUGGCAAGGCACUUGGUCCCGAACAUUUGAUGGCAUCGACGAAGAAACGGGAAAUCUCAUCUUGUUGGAGGAGAACUGGGUGGUCGAUGGGGCAACACCACGGCUAGUCGAUCGGACCAAAGAAGAUCUCAAUAAUUGCGACCAAGCAAGACGGGGGUACUAGAAAACAAGCAACUACUGCUCUUACUGCUUACUUUGGAACACGGCAUGAUUGAAUGAUAGAUUGAAUCCUCCCUGACGAAAAAAGCCUUGGCAAGAAAGGACCUGGAUCAGCUAUACAUCAAUCUGCAAAGAUCUGAUGUCCUCAAUAUCCACUGCAUAGAAUCCAGUACUAGCUAGUGUCUCUGCCAGGAUGGUUGGAGCGGAGCCUGACCUCUGAAUCUGAAGGACGACAAAUGGGUAACUGCCAAAAAAGCAAAAUCUUCAACGGCUAUGUACCAGACUGGAACAACCAAGGAAGCAGUGAUGAAACUGGCCUUUCAUACUAUUCUGGUGGUCUAUACGAUGUACCAGGUACUAAGUGGCGCAUCUGACAAAGAUCCAGCAUCAAUGAUCACAAAAUCUAUUUGCUCUACCACCGUAGUACUGUUAGAUACUGGCUAGUCUGGUCUACUUACCGUACAAGCUAGCUAGUGAAUCUAAACCAGCCACCAAGUACCACCUGUUCUCUACCAUACUUCUAAUGUCCUUCUUCUUCAUCAAUCUCCAACCUCUCUGUUUCAAUGCUCUCAUCAAGGCCUCCCAAAACUUGCGCCUUGCAGAUUUCCACGCCGUGGCAGUGGUUCUCUAUCUUCCCGAGGAAUCGAGCUGAAUUCUUUUGCGGACAUUUGCACUCGGUGGUAUCCGUUCCACAGCAGCGUGCAUGACUUUCGAUGGCAUGUUCGACCCAUUCGGAGGCAGAACGCUUCAUGCAAAUGGGAUAGGGUGGCAUCGCAGCCGACAAACACUCCGAACUGAAUGCCACAUCUGUGGGGCAUUCGCGUCCAAGGAGACGACGAGGACCAUCGUCAUACGCCAAAACUGCAGUUGCCAGUAGCAGGGCAAAGAGAGAGCGGAUCAUCACCAUGCUGAUUAUCCACAAUGUAUACAAGGUAUGGUACCACGUACAUGUAACAGAAAGAAGAAUGUACUGUAUGGAAGAAUGCAGCAAUGAAGGAAAAGGUAGAGGCACCUGACUCAGCAAGAAGGAUGUGCAUGUAUCUCAGAAACACGGUUACAUGAUGCA